CUUAUUUUUAAACCUGUGCCACGGUGGGAAAGCCUGGCUCUGCCGAAGCGGGAUCAGCAUGUCACCCAGAAGCGGCCGCAGCCUGGUGCUGGUCGUCGUGCUCUGUCUCUUCAUGACUGCACACUGUAAGUUUCCCACUCUGGACCACAUCAAACCCAAAGCCAGCGACAAGGCGCAGGGCAGAGCGGUGGUCGAGCUGCUCAAACGCCUGCUCGGGAACAGAUCCACGGAGUUCAUCGUGUCAGUCAACAGGAGCCUUUCCAACGACAGCCUGGAUGUGUGCGAGCUCAGGUCCACGAAGAACAACAAGAUCGUGGCCACGGGCAGCAGCGGGGUGGCCCUGGCUUCUGGCAUCUACAACUAUAUGAAAUAUUUCUGCAACUGCCAUGUUUCCUGGUCUGGUGAUCAGCUGGAUCUGCCCCGUCCUCUGCCAAAGCUCACCGGCGUCCUGCGCAUCAACACCCCGCACAGAUUCCGGUAUUACCAGAACGUCUGCACGUUUAGCUACUCCUCUGUGUGGUGGGACUGGCCGAGAUGGGAGAGAGAGAUCGACUGGAUGGCACUCAACGGGAUCAACCUGCCCCUGGCUUUCACUGGCCAAGAAGCCCUGUGGCAAGAGGUUUACCGUGCCCUCGGGUUGAACCAGUCGGAGAUUGAGGAGUUCUUCUCUGGCCCGGCGUUUCUGGCUUGGAACCGCAUGGGAAACAUGUUCAAGUUUGGCGGGCCUCUGCCGCAGUCCUGGCACGUGACCCAGCUCUACCUCCAAUUUAAAAUCUUGGAGCGAAUGAGGGCGUUCGGUAUGAUUCCUGUGCUGCCGGCCUUCUCCGGGAACAUUCCCAAAGGAAUCCUCAGGUUGUAUCCUGCAGCGAAUGUGACCAGACUGGGGCCUUGGGCUCAGUUCAACUGCAGCUUCUCAUGCUCCUACAUCUUAGACCCUCGGGAUCCACUCUUCCUCCAGAUUGGCUCCCUCUAUCUGUCCCAGGUGGUGAAGCAGUUUGGGACAGAUCACAUCUACAACACUGACACCUUCAAUGAGAUGACCCCUCCUUCCUCUGACCCUGCCUACCUGUCUGCUGUCAGUCGCUCUGUCUUUGCCUCGAUGACUGCAGUUGAUCCUCAGGCAAUUUGGCUGAUGCAGGGCUGGCUGUUCUUCAGUGAUGCAGCGUUCUGGAAACCAAACCAGAUCCAGGCCCUACUACACGGGGUGCCCCUUGGACGAAUGAUCGUGCUGGACCUGUUUGCAGAGACCGAGCCAAUCUUCUCCUACACCGAGUCUUUCUAUGGACAGCCGUUUAUCUGGUGCAUGCUGAACAACUUUGGUGGGAACAGUGGUUUCUUUGGCACAGUGGAGAGCAUCAACUCUGGGCCCUUCAAAGCCUUGAAUUUCCCAAACUCCACCAUGGUGGGCAUAGGCAUGACACCUGAGGGCAUUGAGCAAAACCCUGUGAUGUACGAGUUGAUGAGCGAGCUGGCUUGGCGCAAAGAGCCGGUCAACUUGUCCAAGUGGGCGUCACUGUACGCCAUACGGCGUUACGGCAGCACACAAGAGAACCUAACGGCUGCGUGGGUGCUCCUGUUCGCCAGUGUCUAUAACUGCACCGUGCCACAUUACCGAAACCACAACCACAGCCCGCUGGUGCGCAGGCCUUCCUUCCACAUGAAUGGCGGCCGUUGGUAUGACCCGGCUGACUUGUAUAAAGCCUGGAAACUGAUUAUAGAGGCGGCUCCGUCCCUCAUGUCCAAGGAGACCUUCCGGUACGACCUUGUGGAUGUGACUCGGCAGGUCCUGCAAGUCCUAACGACAUCUUUCUACCAGGAUAUCGCAGACGCCUUCCAGCAGCAGAAACUGCCGGAGCUGCUGGUUGCAGGCGGCGUGCUGGUCUAUGACAUCCUGCCUGAGCUCAACCGUUUGCUGAAUAGCGACCGCAACUUCCUGUUGGGGACAUGGCUGGAGCGGGCAAGAUCCUUAGGCCUGGAUGAGAAAGAGGCGCAGCUCUAUGACAUGAACGCCAGGAACCAGCUCACAUUGUGGGGCCCCAGUGGUGAGAUCCUGGACUACGCCAGUAAAGAGUGGGGGGGCCUCAUGGAGGACUACUACGCCCAGCGCUGGGGGCUGUUUGUCAACAUGCUAGUGGAGUGUCUGAACAGCGGACAACCAUUCAAGCAGGACACCUUCAACCAGGCGGCUUUUCAGGUAGAAAAGGGAUUCGUUUACAACGGCAGGAAGUACCCGACCAAGCCUCAGGGAGACACCUAUGAGAUUGCCCACAGGAUCUUCCUCAAGUACUACCCACAGGCCUUAAAGAGACUAUAGUGAGUGGAGACAACACUGUGGGAAAAACUUGUCUCAAGUCACAGCAAGAAGAAUGUCUUCCUCCACCUCCGGUUUUGCGUGGCGAUCCCAAAACGUUUUGAUGUAGGAAAUCUAACUGCCUGAAUCUACAGGAACGUCCAGGAACUGUUUUGCAUGAAUCGUUAUGAAAGAGAAGAGAAAACGAAGAUGUGGUAAUGACUGUGUGUAGGUGUUGAUUUGCGGUUGUGUGUCUGUUGAUUUUUUUUAAUUCCACUAAUCUUAAAGAAAUAUUUCAGCAUUUUUUUUCAAAGAUGUGUAUUUACUUUUACAGACUGACAUGUUUAGAUGGAGUCAAGAUUUGGUUAGCCUAGCUUAGCAUACAGACUGGAAGUGAAGGGAAACAGCUAGCCUGACUCUGUCCAAAGUUAAAACGAGACGAAAGCUGUGUGUAUUGUGUGUUUGACCUGUAUACAGAAAUGUUAAAAUGUCAGUUUGUGGUUUCAGAUGCUGGAACAGUUGAAUAAUAGUUCAUCCGUCUGCCAAGUGCUUCGGUACGUCUCCGGCUAUGGCACAGAAUACCAGACACAACCAGUGAGCACACAUGUGGCUUUUGGUGUCUCCACAGGCACAAUGCUGACUUCAGGAAGCUGCACACAGUCACUGUGCCUGGCUGUUGUUCACAGAAAGAUAGUUUGAGUGUCAAACUCCCCCCUGAAACCACAAAAAAAUUAGAAUUUUUACAUUUCAGUUCAUCUAUCCAUCCAUCAGCCUGUAUGCCUGCUUAUCCUAGAGCAGCCCUUCCCAACCUUUUCCAACCCACAGCCCACUUGAAUUCUCAAAAAUGUUGGCGCCCCACAUCCGACCCCAAACCAUACUUGUCGGUUUACCAUCUGUCUCGUAAUUCUUCCCGCUGCUAACCAGCUAUCCAUUUUGAUUCUCCAAGUUUUUCCAUGGAUUUCAUCUUUUAGCGCACAAUCAGACUGAUAGCAAACAAGUAUGUGAUGUGAUCUGGCAGCAACAACAUAAAAGUUUCUAUCAUUGCCUUAUCACAGUGAUCGGCCUUAAUAAUCAUUUUUUUCGUAUAAAAGUACAUCUUUUCACCAAAACUGUACUGUUUUACAAAUGAUUCGUGGUCCACCACAGGUUGGGAACCACUGUCCUAGAGUGUUUCGGGUGGGGGGGGGGGGGCU